AUGAGGCGGCAGGUCUACGGAAGUAUUUACUCAUACCCAAGUGGCGUUGUGCUUGCUGUGAUGGUGGCCCGUGCCUGUCAGGUCAUGCCUGCUUCUCAUCCUAGUGUUGUUUUGCGCUUCUUUUUCAUGUUUUACACGGUAUGGCUGACCUGCCAUGAUCACAUCUCCCCGAUUUUCAUCACCGCAUCUCUAGAAGCGCGCCGUCGCAUUCCCGGACUUCCUGAGUCGUGGUCCCCGCAAAAGGCGGCAUGCCGUGAGGACCUCUUGCCUGUAAUAAAUCCCGCCUACCCGUACGUCAACGAUGCGCGUAACGUCGGUCGCUGCGGCCUGGAGGUGUUUUACGCGGAGCUGACUCUAGCUCACCGCAUCCUGUCCAACACAGACGCACCGAUAGAUGAUAUAUGGGUUCCUUACAACAUAAAAAGCGAUUACUCCAGAUUUCUGUUAGUGCAAGUUUCGUGUGAGAGCAAGGAGGAAGAUGAUGAAGGUGCAAAGACAGAUCUCGCCGCGUGGAGCUCAUACGUGGCUAGCAAGCUGCGGUUUUUUAUUUAUGGUGUAGAACGGAUUGUGAACGCCCGUCCACACCCACACAAACUCGAUGACAGCACUGUAGGAUCUCUUGCAGAGUCUAGGCGCCGUUUUAAGAGCAGUUACUUUGCCAUAGGUGUUAGAAAAAGGAAUGAUGACCGCAAGCUACAAAUGUCUAUGUUUACGGAAUCAUUUGAGAAUUUUAGCAAUGCAGUGCGGGAGGGCUGCACUGAUGGGAAAGGGGGACGGGGAUUUCAAUAUAACAAGGAUACCAUGCAAGGUCCAUGGUUUUCGCUGGUUGAUGCUGAAGAUCUACCGUCCGCCAUUGUUAGAUGA